GGCGCGAGUGAUCGAACAGGGCGUGGCAUGCGAUCGGGAAAUGGUGAGUCAAAAAUUUGUCGGUGGAAACACAUCACAUAAGUAAACAUGUGCUCUCUCGUCAAGGUAGAUCCACAUACUCGCUUUUCACUUUCCAUCGCUCUUUGCCUUCCUGGUUAAGCAAGCAAAAUCUGUACCUAUAUAUUUGUACCACAGCUACAUACAGAAACUAUCCCCGCACCUCGAGACUCCCAUUGGUUGCCAUUCCUCCGGCUGAUUGCUUGUCGUAUCUCGACUCCAACAUCAUGUCUUCCGCUUCAUCUUGUGCAUCAUCUCAUGGUGCCAUGGCUUCCAGAUUGCGCACGCUAGCUCUGGGAGCGAAGCCUCACAUCAACAUUGUCCUUGACAAUGAACGUUCAUCAUACUCAACUUUAGAUAAGCUUUCCGGCAAGGUCGAGAUCGCCGUUUCUCACAGCACGAGGUUUGACGACAUUGAGAUUCAAUUUAUCGGUACUACCAAGACGUUCUUGGAGAAGAUGGCAACUACGCCUGGUCUGUCUGGAGGCAUGUCAGCCUUUCACCAGUUCUUGAAACUCCGUCAGCCAAUUCAAGACUCAUGCUACCCUCAACCAAGGAUUCUUGAGCCAGGUCGAACUUAUGAGUUUCCAUUCCUUUUCGUCGUCCCUCAGCACUUACUUCCCCGUGUCUGCCGACAUGAAGUACACCACGAAUCAGUCCGCGAUUGCCAUCUACAACUUCCACCAAGCUUGGGUACCAUCACCAAGCACGACGACCUGGGCCCGGAUAUGGCCAAGAUCCAAUACCAGAUUGCUGCUCGCAUCACCGCAGCCAACGACAUCGAUAAUACACAGAAGAACUUAGCCACAAAAAUGAAGACAAUCCACAUCAUCCCUACCGUCGAGGAGCAACCACCAGUCAAUAUUCUCGGUCCUGACAGCGACUACAUGUUGAGAACCGAGAAGUCCAUCAAGAAGGGUGUCUUCAAGGGCAAACUUGGCACUUUGGUCAUUGAAGCCGAGCAACCAAGAUCACUUCGCCUUCCAAAGCUAUACGACCCCGAGCAGACGACCGUCAGCACAGUGACCACUAUCAAACUCCGAUUUGACCCAGUCGACGCAAAAUCGCAACCACCUCGCCUUGGAAGCUUGAGCAGCAAACUGAAGGUUUCUACAUGGUAUGCAACUGGCGCUCGUAUGGAUAUUCCCAAAAAGAAGGACAGUAUCUUCGACCACCGUCAAGGUUUGCACUCGGUCAGCAUCCCGCUGUCUUCACGCUGCAUGGGCUCAGUAGAAUGGACAUCGCGAAAGGAAUCUGCUUUGGAAGAGGAAUGGCUUGCUCGUCGGGACUCUGCCCUUUCGCACCAAGAGGUUCCAAAAUACCCCAGCCCAAGCACAAACUACAAAGGCCACGGCUUCUGGACAGCGGAAAUCGUGGUCCCGGUCGCACUCCCCAAGGACAAGCACUUUGUACCCACAUUCCACAGCUGCCUUACAUCACGCACAUAUUCGCUUAACCUCUCAUUGGGUAUUCACUCGGCUGGUGUUGGCUUCCCUUCUGUUGAUUUGAAGCUUCCUCUCCAGAUCUCAGCAGAGGGCAAAGGCGAAUCGGACAUCCAAUCAAGGAACUCGUUGACUGUUGAGGAACAGUUGGAGGAGAUGAGAGUCGAGGAAGAACUUCUUGCCACAGAACACAGAGGCAGCUGGUCAUACAACGACCUCGAAACACCAGAGUUCUCAGAUCUACCUCCAGAGUACGAGGCAUAUCGGAGACCCAUUGUUGGUGUUGCCGGUUAGAUAGGAGCAGGACAUGAGAAAUAAAAUGGGAUCAGGGAAUGGUUUGCUUCGGCGUUGGGUAUGGCUUUGCUUGGACUUUCUUUUUCGGUUUUUUAACAUACCCGCACCGUCGAUGGAUGGAUGAAUGAGGCAUGAUUGCUCUCUUUUUGCUUUUCUGCGCAAUAAAUAAUCAAUAACGACACGCAUUUUACUCCC